GUCAUCAUCACUUCCUCGUUGCAGUUCGCGAUGUUUUGACGGAGUCCUGCUGCUGGAUCGUCAUUCAUGUAAACACGGUCACAUCUGAAGCUCUGGGCAUUUGGCUUCUGUCACCUUCUCUUCAUGAAUACCUCGGACAGUGAAGAGGACUCUUACAACGAGAGGUCCGCUCUGGUCCAGUGUGAAAGCCCAACCAUCCCCUCGUACAACCAAGAUCAUGAUGUGUCUCUGCCGCAGCAAACAGACACCAAACGGCGGCGGCCGGUCAGCUCUGGUUUGGACGAGCCAGGGCCGGUGGAGCGAGAGCGAGCGUCCACUCCUGACGGAGAGGAAGAGGAGCUGACCCUCAAAUAUGGCGCUAAGCACGUCAUCAUGCUCUUCAUCCCUGUCACGCUCUGCAUGGUGGUGGUGGUGGCAACAAUCAAGUCUGUCAGUUUCUACACGGAGAAGAGCUCACAGCGGCUCAUCUACACUCCGUUCGAAGAAGACCCGAACUCCGUCGGUCAGAGGCUCUUGAAUUCUUUCCUCAACACCAUCGUCAUGAUCAGUGUGAUCGUCUUCAUGACAAUAAUACUGGUGGUGCUUUAUAAGUAUCGCUGCUAUAAAGUCAUUCACGGCUGGCUGAUUCUGUCUUCGUUGAUGUUGCUCUUCUGGUUCAGCUUCAUGUAUCUGGGUGAGGUGUUCAAGACGUAUAAUGUGGCUAUGGACUACCCAACGUUAGUGAUGAUCAUCUGGAAUUUCGGCGUGGUGGGAAUGAUCUGCAUUCACUGGAAAGGGCCUUUGCGGCUGCAGCAGGCGUACCUCAUCGUCAUCAGCGCCCUCAUGGCCCUCAUCUUCAUCAAAUACCUGCCCGAAUGGUCAGCAUGGGUCAUACUGGGAGCCAUCUCCAUAUAUGAUCUGAUAGCGGUGCUGUGUCCGAAAGGCCCGUUGAGGAUGCUGGUAGAGACGGCGCAAGAAAGAAACGAGCCAAUUUUCCCUGCGCUCAUAUAUUCAUCUGCCAUGGUUUGGAUGGUUGGCAUGGCUGAUUCUAGUAAUCCAGGUUCCGCUGAUGGAAGGCGGCGGAAUGAGGGCGGAGCUCGAGCACAGGAAGAGGAGGAGUCAGAGGAUGAUGCGGCUCAUGGAAGGAGACGGCGGUAUUCAGCAGAAGAGGACCUUGAGGAAGACCGAGGGGUGAAGCUGGGUCUUGGUGAUUUCAUCUUCUACAGUGUCCUGGUGGGAAAGGCGGCCGCCACCGGAGGAGACUGGAACACCACACUGGCCUGUUUCGUGGCCAUUCUCAUUGGACUGUGUCUGACUCUCCUCCUGCUGGCUAUUUUCAAGAAGGCUCUGCCGGCUCUUCCCAUCUCCAUCACCUUCGGCCUGGUCUUCUACUUCUCCACAGACAAUCUGGUACGGCCCUUCAUGGACAGCCUGGCAGCCCACCAAUACUACAUCUGACACAAAGCCACUGACACAUAAAGGACUUCAUCAGAAUACAGGCGUUGCGUUUCAAUGAGAUUCAAACCUUUUUGUUUCUUACGAAUCUGAGCAGGUUUCUGAUACGAUAUGCUCUAGGCGAGUGAAUGAAGGUGUAAAAUGUAUCAAAACAAGCAGUUCUGAGUUGUCAUGCAUCUUUACAUUGGCAUUUUGGUUUUUAUUGAGAAGCUGCACAUCGGCUCUUUAGAAUAUACAGUAGUUUUACUAUUUGUUUUGUACUUACUGAGAAGGUCAAUGACUUCGCAGUGUGACCUGCAUCCCGACAAGUGACAGUGAAGAGUCUUUUUUCAUAAAUAAUGACUUGUGAAGUGAUGGAAAGACUGCUGCUAGUUUCAGUGGUGAGACAGACGCCUGUAUAUGUGAGUGCUGUAGGCUUGCCAUUGGUUAAUACACAAAUCAAACAAAUGCAUACUUUCAUUUUUAGAAUCACAUAUAUUCUGUUAUAUAUAGGAUGUGAUCCUAAUUCAACAUAUUUGUUGGACAUACAUAGGGCUGGGUGAUAUAUUUAAUACUCAGAAUCAUUUUGCUGGUGAAAUCUGAUUUUUAUCGCAUUCACAAUGUUGCAUUUUAGUUAGAACAACAAGCUAGAAACCAAAACUAAAAUUAAACAUGUUAACAUUUUAUAGAUAUCUAAAACUGUAUAGUUCGAGAAGUUAGACUUUAUUUACAAAGACAUAAAUGUUUUACACAACAGAAAUAAAAAUGGUAGGUUCUUUAUAAUUAGCCAUUUUACCACGAAUACAAAACCAGACCAAACUGCAUAAUGUUUUGAUAAGUUUUAGUGAAACUACAAGUGCUAUGACAAAAGAGUAUGAAAGUGACAUAUUUUUGUUAUUUUUUAUUAAAAAUAUGUUAGUAACUUUACAAUAAUGUGUUAAAUAGCAAUAAGCUAUAAAUGUGUAGUAUUUGUAUUUUUUUUUGUAAUCGUUAAUUAAUAAAAAUACAAUGUAAGUUCAUGUCAACUCAGAUCUAUUAAUUAAUAUGAGCAAAGGCAACUUUUGAUUUUAAUAAUGUAUUAGUAAAUGUUUAAAUUAAAAAAUUUUCUUUUUUAGUUUAUGUCAACUAAUGCUAACAAAUCAUAUUCUAAAGUGUCACCCAAAUACAUAAAUACCAAGAUAUAAAAAGAAUAAUGUCAAAUGGCUUUAAAAUAUCAUUUUAAAAGUUAUAUUUAAUAUUUUCUAAGCUGUAUCACCCAGCCCUAGUCCUGGAAAGACAUAGAAAAUUCAUGGUCACUGAUGUCAUUUUUUUGUGUGUUUGAAGAUUUAUAAGUCUAUGGUUUACAUUUGAUCUACAAACUCUUGCUGACACUGUCACAGGCAUUGUCCAAUUUUAAAUAAGUACACUGGGAACGUAUAUCUAGGAUUUCUUCUAGACCCGUAUCAGGUAUGCCAGCUCUUAGAAGUUGUUGGUGCCUUGCUUUGCUGUUUUUCUGUGCCAUGGAAAUUGCAACCGAGAACUAGUGCACUGGAGGUGCAACACAUAACAGAAGCUGAAUUAUUUUACUCUAGUUUACAGCGUUUCAGGUCAAUUACAAUGCAUUCAUGUUGUUUUUCCACAGCAUUACCAGUGUAACAUCAUAAUUAAUGUAUAAAAAAAAAAGGCAUUUAUAAUCUUAGUAUGAAUUUUCUCAACUAAUUGAAAAUGUGUUGGUCGUAUAUAGCGCAGAGAGUCAUGCUCUCAGCUUUAUAAAUGUGUUCUUUUAUAUCAGCUGUUACCUGAAUGGAAACAAACCAUUGCUAUCUCAUGUUUUUUAUAUUGCUUUAUAAAUAUAGAGACCUUUCAUGGACACGGUGAUUACGGCUGCUUGAGAAACAGAUGUGCUUUGAGCAGUUUAGGAAUAUUUUGCAUAUGCUGAGUGCGUUAAAACUUUAUACUUAAGAAAGAAAUUAUAUUUACUACAGAUGAAAAUUUGAAUUGUUUUGAUAUGUUCACAGUUAAAAUUACUUGUUUUCUUCUCUUGAUUUUGUUUGUUAUUGUCGUGCACAAUGUCUGGUGUUGUGUAAUAAUAAAAUAUCAAGCAAAUAAAUGGGAUUAA